UGUUUCCUUUCAAGGACAAAGUGCCCAAAACUCUGAAAUCAAAUGUUGUCUAUUCUUUCAAGUGCCGAUGAUGCUCGGCAUCGUUGUUGGUCAAACCACCCGCCACCUACACACUCAAAUUUCAGAGCAUCUGGGCAUCACCUGUUUUUAGUGAUUCACUUAGCUAAGCUGUGUUUUUGACUACAAUGUUUAAGUGAGGCAACAUGUUUUUAAAGAACUGUAUAAAGGUGCUUUUAACGAUUUUUUGGUGUUUUGAAUAUUCUCGUCAAAUCAUGUGUUUCAAUUUUUGCUUCGAUUCUUCACACAAAGAUCGGAGACUGUGGAGCAAUAUAUACAAAAAAAUUAAUGUGAAAAAUGAGAUGGAAUGCAUUGUUUCUUGCGCUAAGGAACCAUGUUGUCGAUCUAUAAACCACAGGAGAAGGUUAAGUCAGGGAAGUCGGAGUCUUUGUGAAAUGUUACAUAGUGUCCUCAACAAAAGCAAAGAAAACGAUUUAAAUCAUAAUCGAUUUUAUGAUUACAUUGUUCUCAAUUCCCCUUUCAAGGAGUACAACGAAACAUGCGAACUCCAAUCGUCUUUUAACAAAAGUUAUGAUUUGCUCUUUCCCAACGCACAUUCUGAGAACAUGAUUCUGAUGGAUAAUGUGAUGCCUAAUAUGUCAGAGUUAACGUUGAUGUUUUGGAUAAAAAUGAACUCAAGUCAACAAAUGGCCCUGUUUUCUUAUGCUAUAGAAGAUAGUUCUGAUGAAUUUUUUGUUGGCUUUGAAAAGAAUUGGCUUAUUAUCAGAAUGCAGUCCAAGGAUAUUUUAAAACUCAACAUUUCACAAAUCAACGACGGUUUUUGGCAUCACUUGGCCAUUAUCAUUGGUCACAUGAGUAAAAAAAUUAUUCUUGAUGGAUUUACAAUUUGUAACAAAACUAAGUUAAAUCAUUCAUUACCAUUAUUACAUGGUGGCGGUGUUGUUGCUAUUGGUCAAAAACUUGAAUGUGUGAAUGGUGUUUUUGAUCCAAAUAUGUCAUUUGUUGGUAAAAUAAGUUAUUUGAACUUGUGGAGCAAGAUGCUGAUCAUUGAUGAAUGUACAACUUGUCUAAAUCAGAAUACUUUUGUAAUUAAGUGGGAUCUUAUGUACCAAUUUACAAGUGGAAAUGUUACAAAAGUGCCUUCAUUACCUAAGUUUGGUUUUUCAUCAUGCAAAGAAGCAUUAAAAGAUAACAGUUCAAAAGAUGGUGUGUACUUGAUAAUGACAGAUACUUCACUUGGCUACAGCAAAGUUUUCUGUAUGAAAAACAUUUCUGGUUGUUCUGGAGAAGACUGGACGCUAGUGAUGAAAAUUGAUGGGAAAAAGGAAACAUUCGACUUUAACUCAUCGUUUUGGACAAAUAAAAAGAGUUACAAUAUUAAAAAUGGUAAAACAGGAGUGGAUAAUUUGGAAACAAAACUUCCUACCUACUGGAGCACAAAAAUAAACAAGAUCUGUGUUGGAAUGAAAUUCGAAGGUGAAACAAAUUUUAUCAGCCUCAAUUUUCCUGCUAAAUCGUUGUACGAUAUAAUUGCCGAUGGAAAAUACCGCCAAACCAAUGUGAGCAGAAACAAAUGGAUGUCAUUGAUUUAUGACAGUGUUCUUCAACCGAACUGCAAUAAAGAAGGUUUUAACGCAAAGGCAGGAAAAGAGUCAUUUGCUCGUGUAAGGAUUGGUAUCCUGGGAGAUAAUAAAAACCAUUGUAAGUCAAGCAACUCUUUCAUUGGUUUUGGCUGUACGUACAAGAAUUGCACGCGAAACGCUCAAAAAAAUAGCUGUGGAAACUUUAAGCGCUGCAAUAGAAAUAAUAACAAACAAUCAAUGGGAUACAUUUUUGUUUCCUAAAUAUAGUAAUACUUAUGUAGAUCCACAUUUUUUUGUUUGAAGUCAUUAAUAUUUGUGUAGUUUGUUUUAUAUAGUUAUGCCAAUAAGCUCUAUCAGUAUAAAUUGUAAACUUACUUUCUUUUUAUUAGCUAUACGGACAAUUCAUCAACUUUUCUUUAGAGUAAUUUAUAGAAGACUUUUACAAACUAAAUUAGCAAGUCCAUUUUUGAAAGGCUAUCAUUAGAUUUAUCUAUUGUGAGGGCAAAAUAAUUGUAUUCUUUAAGAUUUUUAUGUUUUAAAACAGUACCAAAAACGUAUGUUAAUAAAUGGCACAUGUAAAAAUAACACAAAAUAUGCUUGUUAUUUAAAUUGGUAGCACUCAUGUUUUUGUAAUGAAAGAACUUGCAGCAGAGACAUCAGAAGAAAACUGUUUUAAAAAUAAAUUUUUUUCAUUCCAAUUUAAAA